AUGGAGAAGCUGCUGAUUGUGUGGUUGACGGAGAAGCAGCUCGCAGGAGAUACCGUGAUGGAGGCUAUAAUCUGCGAGAAGGUACGACCGAUUUAUGCUGAUUUGCAGCAGCAGACCCCAGGCACUUCGACAGACGAGGCAUCGGGCAAGCCAUUUAAAGCCAGUCGGGGCUGGUUCGAGAAUUUUAAAAAGAGGACCGGCAUUCACUCCGUUGUCAGGCAUGGUGAGGCAGCGAGCGCUGAUAUAAAGGCAGCUGAGGAUUACCUCAAAACUUUUGCAGGAAUUAUAGCGGCCGAAGGAUACAUCCCCCAGCAAGUCUUCAACUGUGAUGAGACAGGACUCUUCUGGAAGAAGAUGCCAAGGAGGACUUAUAUAACAGCAGAGGAGAAGAGGAUACCAGGCCACAAACCCAUGAAGGAUAGGCUAACCCUCGCACUGUGCGCCAAUGCGAGCAGUGACUGCAAGAUUAAGCCGCUGCUCGUUUAUCAUUCGGAAAACCCCAGAGCCUUUAAGUCACAAAAGAUUAUGAAAGAAAGACUGCAGGUUAUGUGGAGGGCAAACCCGAGGGCGUGUGUCACCAGACAGUUCUUUGUGGAGUGGGUGAAUUUGGUCUUUGGUCCUGAUGUUAAAAAAUAUCUCCAGGAAAAUAACCUACCUCUGCAAGCCCUUCUUGUCCUGGACAAUGCGCCUGCUCACCCACCUAACCUUGAAGAUGACAUCCUCGAAGAGUUCAGGUUUAUAAAUGUUCUCUACCUUCCACCCAACACCACCCCUAUCCUGCAGCCCAUGGAUCAGCAGGUGAUUUCUAAUUUUCAAAAGCUCUUCACCAAGCACCUGUUCCACCGCUGCUUUGAGGUGAUGGACAGCACAAACCUCACCCUUCGAGAGUUCCAGAAGGACCACUAUAAUAUUGUGAUAUGCCUCAGAAUUAUCGAUUUGGCCUGGCAGGGUGUUACAAAGAGGACCUUGACCUCUGCGUGGAAGAAGCUGUGGCCUGAGGUUGUGUCUGAAACGGAAUUUGAAAGACUUGAAUCCAAAGCGGCAGUGGUGGAGGAGAUUGUAUCCCUCGGCAAGACCAUGGGCAUGGACAUGGAUGAAGGUGACAUCAGUGAGCUCAUCGAGGAGUACUCUGAGGAACUGACAAUGGAGGAGCUAAAGGAGCUACAGACGCAGCAGCACACGGAGGUUUUGCAGGAAAUAAGUGACGCGGAGGAGGCGGAGGAAGUAAUCUCUACAAGAGACAAACAGGCAUCCCAGCUGAAUGACGGGGUUACCUUUGAACAAAAUGGAAGGUACCAGGGGAUGGACAAGCAGAAGCUGGAGGCCAAGAACAGUUCCAUCCCCCAUAUGUUAAGUGGCAGUGGUCUGCUGGAGGCAUCCCAGCUUGGACAUCUGUAA